AUCAAAUUUCCACAAUGUAGUCAAGUAAUUAUCGAACGAGACAUCGUUGUCGGACAAACUACACUUAAGUAUUCUGUAAAAACGUUUUUUAUAUACAAAUUAUCGCCUAUUAAUGAACUAGCUGGUUAGCACAGCGACGAUAAUGAGCUAACAGGUUAGCAUAGUUUUAGUAGUCAUAGUAACGCUUGUUGCUUAGCGACUUGGCUGCGGCAGUAGAGAGCGGUUAGCUAGCUAGUCACAUACUUUGCCUUAGCUACUCGUUAGAAAGAUACACAGAAUUCGUUUUAAGUGAAAUAAACCUGAUUAAAUAAAAACGUUUUCUUUCUGACAAAUGUCUUGUUAAGUUCGGAUAAUGCUAGUUAAUUACCUGGAGCGACCAACUUUAGCUGCGUUCACAUGCCAACCUCAAACGGACUGAAGUAAACUUGUUAAAUGUAAUUAUUUACAGGGUAACCCGUGUGCUGGGCUUGCAGUUUCUGCUAACGUUUCCCUGAUGCACGCUGAAGAAUCGCAGCUAAAUCGGGAGCACGGAAACUUUUGCUGACUUCGACAGUGAGAUAAUCAAGACUUGGGUUACACUCCUCCGACUGAUGGCGUUCUGCCUGGCUGAGCUGCACUUGUGGUCGACCAAGAGCUCACUCCAAGUUAAAGAUACAGAUAUUGGCACCUAUCAGUACUACGAUAAAGGAGAGCCAGCCAUUUCCCUGGAGCAUCACUACUACAACGAGAAACUCCACUUCUGUGAAGCUCGAGGCUAUUCAUGGACCCCCAGGAACCGCCGUCCAGAGAAGCUACGUGAUUCGCUGAAGGAAUUAGAGGAACUGUUGCAGACCAACACCUGCAUUCACACCAGAUGGAGAAACAAGCACUGCUGCCAGGUGAUGCUGAGCAGUGGAGCACUGGUGACUUUGACCCUAAAUGGACCUCAACUGGAAGACGUGUGUGUAGACCGUACGUUAGUGGGCCGAGUACCAGCCAGCACAGUUACUGAUGCGGUGCUGAGCGAUAGGCUGAUUCUGCUGUCCUUCCUGGAGCAGAGCCAAGUGGCUGCAGUCUACCUGAACAGGAAGAACCAGGGCUCCCCGGAGACUGGCAGGCGAACAGACAAACUCUCACCCUCUGAAAUCAAGGUGGUGUGCGUGGAGGUGAGUGGGCGGGGUCGCAGGCUGCAAAGACACGUGGGUCUCAACCGACUCCAGGAUGUGGCGCUCUGCUGGUGGAACCUGGACGAGACCGAGGAAGAGCUUUGGCCCUGGACUCCGACAAACACCCAGAGAAACAACCUGGCCCUGAUCAGCUGCUCUCCCACUGAAGGACUCAGGGUCAUUAGCUCUGUCCGGACUGAAAGCAACCUCCUGGACUGUCGCUUCAGCCAACUCCAGCCCUACCAGAUCCUAUCAGUGGAGUUACCUGCAGUACCCCAAGGAUUCAGAGAGGGGUCCUGGGCUGAAACCUGCGCGUACGAAUGUGCCCGAGGUCGCCUGCACCGCCUAUCCGUUACCCGCAUCCCGCUACCGUCACAUCCCGUCUCCUGUGCUCGUCACCCCUCAGAGACCACACUUCUCCUGGGCUUAAAUGACUCUUCUUUAGUCCUUUACGACCAGCGACGGGGGGUGUCUCUCUUGGCCCCCUGCCCCGUGCCACCCUCCCUCCUCUCUUGGCACCCUGCUGGGGCUGUUGUCAUCGUAGGGGGAGGACAGGAGGAACUGAUGUGCUUUGAUGUGGGCUUGGCACCUGUACGAUUGGCACUGGUAGCGGAGGAGGUUACUUCAGCUGCCACGUUACGACUAACUCAGCACCUGCGCUGCUCCGGAGGCCUGGAGGGGCUGCAAUGGGCGAACGGCUUGGAUGGAGGCCCAGAGGGGACUGAUAUGUUGACACUUGCCUUUCAUGGGGGACCACUAGCAGCCUUAAGAUUCAGACUAGGAGCUCUAACGGGGGGCCAGAUGGGUCCAGUGGAGCUGCUGCAGCAGAGACUGCGUUGUGGUCAGGUCAAAGAGGCGCUGGGAAUUCUGGAGGCCAUGGACUGGAGGACCAUGGGGGACGAGUGCUACCGAGGUCUGAGCUCGGUCGCCAACCACCUGCUGAGGCUGGAGCUGAACGCGGAGAGAGAGGCCCAGCUAGAAGCAGUUUUAGGUGUGUUCUACGCCCCUCCCGCCCCUCUCUCCGAUACAGUGAUACUGGAGUACAGGGAGCCAAUCAGCAAGUACGCCCGCCGCCUUUUUCACCACCUCCUCAGACAUCAACGCUUCGAGAAGGCCUUCCUCCUCGCCGUAGAUUUAGAAGCUAGAGAUUUAUUCAUGGACCUCCAUUAUGUUGCCAGUGAUAAGGGCGAGGUGGUGCUCGCGGACGUGGCCAAGAGGAAAGCUAAUGAAAUCGAGGCCCAGGCCGUCGCAGAUCUUCUCAGAGGCCGAAACAAUGUGCACGGAUCCAGCUUCAGCGACCAACGAACAGAGUGUAACCAAAGUGCCACUUCGCACCUGAACACCUGCACAAGACAUGCUGAUGGAAGAGUCAAUCAAAUGAGACCACGAGGGGAGACCAUAGAGGUGACCGUCAGCCCAGAUGUGCUCAGGACUCUAAGGCAAACAGGAAGCAGAGGAGGCGACACAGAUGGAGGGAAUGAUGAUGAAGACCCCGGGACGCUUCGGGUGGUUCAUUUAGGAAUGGUUUGAAAGCACUAACGAACACGAGAUAAGUCUUUAUUAAUCCCAACGGGAGACUGGAGAAAGGCAUCUCACCAAUAACAAGCUCACACAAAGUAGUACCUGAGAUAUUAUCUGUAGGAUCUGAAGGAUCUAAGGAUGUUAUUGUACACACUCUGCUGAAAAGCACUGUUUUCUGAACCAAAAGCCUUUAUUUUGUCAGACCUGUCAUAUUAUAUCUGUCAAUUUAAACCAAUUCAGGUUAUUUUCUGUCUAAACCUGAAAAAGAAAACAGUUACACCAGGUUCAUCCUUUAAAAACAUGACAGAAAAUGUUUUUAAACCGUGCCAUUAAUCAGCCUGAAAAAAAUAAAGACUUCUAUUAUACUUCCAUCAUAGCUGAUAUUGGAUGUUGCAGGCUUCCUCUGCAUGUGUGAGUACUACGUGUGUGUGUGUGUGU